AUGAAUGCUUAAGAAAAAUUAGAUUAAAUAUCGGAACAAGUUGAUUCUCUAAGUAGGAAAUACGGAGAGAGGAGUAUAUCCCCCACUCAAGACUCCCAAAGAAAGAAUAGUAUCCAUUCAAUUAUAUAAAAGUGCGUCGAAUCAAAAGCAGUGGUCAAUCCCUUAAAACAUUCAAUAUGAAACCUCAAUAGCAAAACUUUCUAAAAUCCUCCAAAGAAACAUCUGGAGGAGGAUUCUAUUAGAGAUCUUAAAUAAUGGGUACAUCAUUUCCUUCAAUACGUACAAGAGAUAAAUAGAAGUAAUAAUGUAAAUUAUUCAAGUAAUGAAUCAAAAUAAGUGAACGCUAAGAAAGAAGAGAGUGUUAGUUUGGCCCAAAUAGAUUCAAUAGUGGGGAUCAAAUCUCUACUGGGACCCAAUCAUCAUUGUCACUUCGAAAUUUAAGUUAAGCAUCUUGUUGCCAAAUUGGUAUAAUAUGUCCAUCUAACAAUAUAAGGAAGCCAGUGAAUAGUUAACAAUCAAAGCCAAGGAAGAAUUGGAGAGUGUGAUUUGGAUGGUCAAGAAUUAUAAUAGUGAAGGUUUGAUAUCCAAAUUAUUACAAUUGCAAUAAUUGAAGAAUGAAUUAGAGAAGGAUCAACAAUUGAUGAGGGAAGAAAUAGAAAUGUUGGGAAUGCAGAGAGAUGAUUGGUAAUCCAAGUAUUAGGAGAUCUAUGAGAAACUAUUGAAAAUGCAAGGAAUUGAAAAUGAUCUCCAUGAUGCAUUACAUAAAUUGUAGAUGUCAAAUGAGUCAUUGGAAUAAAUUAAUAGAAGGCUGAGAGAAAAGUAAUUGGAAGUUUAGGAUUGGCAAAGGAAAUGCAAUACUCAUGAUGAAUAAUUUAAAAUCAGGAUCACCAAACUGGAAGAAACUUUAAAAGAAAAGGAAACAUAAAUAUAACAAUUACAAAAGAAAUUAUAAAGACUAGAUAGUGAAAGUGCAUUCCUACAAUAAGAGAUGAGGAACAAAACAGAAAAAUUGGAAGAAGAACAAAGAAGAUCAAAAUAAUUACAUGCUGAGCUAUUAGAUACUAGAGUCAAUAAGGUGUAGAAUUUGUAAGAUGAAAUCACCAAGUAAAAGAAAGUAAUCCAAUAAAGAGUAGAAGAAAUUGAAGAACAGGAGAAAAAGAAUAAAUUAUUGAAUGUAAAUUAUUGUUCAUUAUUAUAGAAUAAACUCAAUCUAUUGGAAACGUAAUUGAAGAAUUUUGAUGAUGUGGCUAGAUAAGAAAAGGAAGAGUUAGAAAAAGGAUGGUAGAAGAAGUAUAAGGAAUUGGAGAAAUAGAGUGUCUAAUACAAAAGAGAUUUGAAUUAGUUGGAAAUACAAUUACAAUAAGUUGAUUUGUUAGUCUAAUAGAAAGAACAUGAAGUUGAAUAAGCAGUUGUCAAGGUUAAAGAACUAUCAGAUUUAAAUGAGAGGUAACUAUAAACUCUACAAGCCAAUUCUAUUGAAAUACUUAGAUUGAAUCAGGAAGUAUAGGAGAAAGACUAAGAUUUAGAAUAUGCAGAAUAAUAAAAUGAAGAAAUCUCCAAAGAACGAACUGCCUUGAUGGAUAGAAUUGGAGAAUAAAAUAAUGAGAUUUCAGAUCUUAAAUAAUAAGCAUUUUAAAUGAAGAAGGAGUUGGAGGGUAUGAAAUGGGAGAAGCAAGAUUCAGAUAGAAAAUUGGAGAGGCUAAAUGAAUAGAUAGCAUAGGCUAAUCAAAGUUCAGAUCAAUUUAGAUAAUAAUUAGAUGAGGAGAUCAAGAAAACAUACUCAUUGUAUUCUGAAAUCAAUAAGUUGAAAUAAGACAUUGAAGACUUAAAGGCCUAGCAUCAAAAGGAAAUGUAAUAACAAUAGAAAGUUAUUGAGGGUAAAGAUGAGGAAAUCAAGAAAUUGCAUGAUAAACUAUAAGAAUUUUAGGAUCAAGAUAAAGAUCUAUCAGACAAACUGAAAAAGUUGAUGAAUGAAAAUGAGAAUAAUUCGAAGUUGAUUUAAUAAUUGUAGAAUGAAAAAUUAGAAUUGGAAUAAUAAAUUGAAGAGCUAAAGAAAUUGCUUUCUCAAUAUGAAUAACAAACUCUAGAAUUCUAGAAGGAGAAACAAUAAUUACUGUAGAAAAUGGAAGAAAUCUAAAACGAUAAGACUGAAGUCCAACUAUUGAAUGCUGAAAUAGAAAAGUUAAAAGCUGAUUUAGAGUCCAAAAAAAACUAUGAUGAAUUGAAAGAAAUGGCUAGUCAAAUUAAUACAGUUUAUGAAGAAAAAGUGUAGUUGGAAAAAUAAAAGAAUGAAUUGCAAAUUUAAUUAAACAAAACAACUGAAGAACUUAAAGAAUGGAAGGACAAAUAUGCUAAAUUAGAAAAUGAUAAGAAAAAUAGUGAUGCUUUACACAAUUAAUUUAAAGAGAGGUCAGAACAGUAGUAAGAGAUUUAUUUAACACAAAUCAAAGGAAUGGAAAAAAAGAACUUUUAACUAAAUGAGGAAUACUAAAAAUGCUUAGACAAAAUCGACAUUUUAGAAGAAGCACUCUAAAAUUAGAGUAAAGAUAUUAAAAUCAUUCCAAAAUAAGCCUAAAUCCCACUUCAUAGAAAUAAUACAUUUUAGCAGAUCUUUGUUGAGGAUAAGGUAUUUUCUAAGGAUUCUACAAAUGAAGAAAUUCAAUUGAAGUUCUCAGAAAUUGAUUUUACAAGAUCAAAAGGACAUCUUACAAUUUGCUUUUGGGUUAAAAUUGAUAGAACUAAUUCUAAAGAAAUGCUACCUAUCCUCAAAAUUAGCACUGAAAAUAAAAAGCUUCUAGAGAUGGGUGUUUAUUUAGAUAGCAAAUAAGUAUAUAGUACUUUUAUUCCGAAUAAUCAUCCCAAAAACACGAAAUAACAGAAUCCAUUAACAGUUACCUCCUAAUUAUCAAUUAAAUUAGGAGAAUUUUAAUUGUUAGCCCUUAUUUUAAACGAAUCAGGCUAAUAUAUGGAUAUGGGUUUGUGUUUGAAUGGAGUUAGAGAUGAUUAGGUUUCAAUUUCCACUUCUUUAAUUUUCCCAGAGGCUCAAUUGUCAUUUGGAAAGUACACCACUCAUCAUCUUGUACUAAAGGAUUGUUUGGUAAUAACAGAGAAUUUAUAAAGAAUCAACAUAUUUAAAGAAGUAUAUUAAACAUUUUAUUAAAAAUAUAAUGGAGUUAAGAAAAUGAGUAGAAGAUAUGGAUAGAAGAAAGAAAACAUCUCCUAUUUAUCUGCAGGAGAUUUGAUAUUCUUUUUGAUUUAACAACACGAAUAGUCUCCCCCGAAAUCAGGAAGCAGAUCUAAAUCCCCUCCUCCAACUUAAGCAGUAAUUAUCAAUAAUCGAACCAUUCCAGCUGGAUUAGUUAGUUAAUUUGAAUUAGCAAAUACCUAAACAAAAACUGAAGAAACCAAGCCAGAAGAGAUUCAAGAAUAACCUUAAUGGAGCAGGAAGUAUUCAGUAGAUAAACUCAAAAAGUUUUUAUAUACAAAUUUCAAUUAUAAGAGAUUGUUGAGUCCAUUCACUGAAAAUUAUGAUUAUAUUAGUUUGGGAUUACAAUUAUUACAACCACCACGAAACGAUGAGUUACCUCCUACCAAAUUUCAUAAGGUGAUCAAACCGAAAAUCCAAUUAUCUCCCUAUUAUAUGAUGCCUUACAAAUAGUUUCUUCAAUAUAUCCAAUUUGUGGGAUUAUUAAGAGUAACCUUUGAAGAAUUACACGAUUUAUGUGAAUUAAUGGAAGUAAUCUAUACAAGUGACAAAGUACAAUAUAUUCACUAUGAUCACUUUCUGAUUGUGUUACGAGAAUGUAUUAUGACAAGGGCUGACUUAAAGAAGAAGAAGGAGUUAGAAAAAGGAGAGCCUCAACCACCACAAAUAAUAGAAUCCUAUAGAUAUACUUAUAAAGAAAUCAUAAUAAAAUCAACAGGUAAAGAGGAGCAAGAGGUUGAAUUGUCUAACGCUGUUGAAGUAACAGAAGUAUCAAUUGUAAAAAAUGAAUAAGAGACUCAAUUAGAAAUCAAAUUAAAAAAUGAAUCCGUAUAGACCUUCCCUCUUGAACAUUUACCUGCAGCAUUUGUUGGCACAUUGAAUCUAAGCCAGUAAAGAAAGUUGAGUUUUAUCUUUUCCAAUGAUUCACAAAUUAAUGAGAUCAAAACAGAGACCAAUUCUUUAUUGUUGGGAGAGUAAAGUGAAAUCACAUUGAAUCACGAAGUAGAAUUAGAUGAAAAUGAAAAAAUAGUCAAAUUUGGCAUUUAAGAUAAGCAAAUAAGAAUAGUGAUCUAAAAUUCUAAGAAAAUACUUGAAGAAAUUCCAGUAAUUAUCUUAUUAGUUAUAUUAGCCACUUGAGAUGGAUCCAGAUACUGAAUUGGAAACUUUGAGUUUACCUCAAGUUCCAGAUAAUUGGAAUCUAGGCAAAUUCUAUGUCAACAUUACCAGAUGCUAAAAUUGUGAUAAGCACCAAUAGACUACAAGACAUUAAGAGAAAGAUUUUAUAGAAAAGACAGAAUAUGUCACAAAUAUUCUAAAGGAACUAUUUCCGAAUGUUGAAAUUAUUGAAAAUGAAGAUAAGACUGAUAAAUUGGAAAACUUUGAAGUGUAUAUCAAAAAUGCUCUUGGUCCUGAAAAGAUCAUGCUUCUUCAGAAACAAGAGAGUAUGAAUAAGUUUAAAGAUCAUUUUAAUGAUAAAUUGCCCAAUCUAUUUGAAAAAUUAAUGCGCAUCAUCAAUUUUCAUGGUACAACAGAGAAGUUAGGACAGGAGUAAGAAAAGUUAAAGUGAAG